CCAAUUUGCUGACAACAAGAUGAUCAUUAUUAUUGUUUACUCUGUAUCAGCUUUUUUCAAACGAAUCGUUUAAUUAAAUAAUAAAAUCUUUUAUUGCGAAUAUUGUGUGAGUUCACUUGUCAGUUCAGAUCAUAUGGUUGUUUGCAUCACAGAUACUGCAUACACGGUCACUUGCUGCUGAUAAGGCGAUACAGGCAAAAGUUCAGUGUUCAGCAAAUAUUACAGCUGUUUAUGUCCAGCAGUUAAGAUUAAUCCAACAGUAAAUGACCGACAGCUCAUAAGGGCACACAUACAGUGGAUAAAAACUUAAAAUACUUCACUCCAGCCUACAAAUUGAUCAAAUUACGAACAAAUCAAACCAAUUAAUAUGUCAUUCAAAGUAGAAGCAAUCCCAUCGCCAAAGACGGUCAUUGGAACGAGAUGCCAUUGGGACGAGCACACUCAAAGUUUGUAUUAUAAUGAUAUUGAGGGCGUAAUCUUCCGUUAUGAUUACAAAGAGAAUAAAGUAUAUUCGGCAACGAUUGAUGGUGAGCCUUCGAUUGGAUUCAUGAUUCCGGUCGCAAAUUGUACGAAAACAUGUGAACUGGAUGAAUAUGCCCUUGGAUUGGGCCGCCGCGUUGGAAUCGUGCACUGGGAUGGUUUAUCAACGAAGGCAAUCAUUGGACCCAUCGCUUUCGAAGUUGAACAAGAAAAAGAAAACAAUCGCUUUAACGCGGCCAAAGCUGAUCCCGUGGGCCGAUUCUAUGGUGGCACUAUGCGCAGUGAAAAGUGUGGCGAUAUUUUUGAAGUCGCUGCCGGCUCCUUGUAUAAAUACAUCAAGGGUGACGGUGUCUAUGAAUUAGUAAAUAACGUUCAUAUUUCCAACGGUUUGGCAUGGAACGAAGAAGAAAACAAAGUUUUCUACAUCGAUUCGUGUAAAUUUGAUGUGAAAGAGUACGACUGGGAUCCAAGCACUGGUGAUUUCUCCAAUGAACGUGUUGUGAUCGAUUUUAGCAAAAAUGGCAAAAAUCCAGGAUUUCUUCCAGAUGGUUUAACCAUUGACACAGACGGCAACCUCUAUGUUACCGCUUUUGAAGGAUCCAAAAUAUUCAAAGUCAAUCCAAAAAGCGGCAAAAUUCUAUUGGAGAUUCCGAUUCCCGCUAAAAAAGUUACAGCUGUAGCCUUCGGAGGUCCAAAUUUGGACAUUUUGUACGUGACAACUGGAGCAAAAGAUGACCCUGACAAUGUAAACGCCGGACUAUUAUUCAAAGUAACCGGAUUGGGCGUGAAAGGUUUUCCAGGCGUUAGAGUUCGCGUAUAAGACCAAAACGAAAAUAAUUUUUAAGAAGCUCGUAUGCGGAAAAAUAUGUUAAAAAUUCUAACAAAUUCAACAUUGAUUAAAUAAACACAACUGUUACAAUUUCAUACUUA